AGGCCGGCGCCACCGCGCAUGCCAGUGAGGCUGCCCGGCGUUCGGAGAGCAAGCGCCCCUGCGAACCACAACUCCCGGCACGCCCCGCGGGCGAACGCAUCACAAUGCUGCUGAGCCACACCGCCCCCCACCGAGGAGAAACGCGAGUUGCAGCCGGGAAGGAGGAGAUUAGAAGGGAUGCGAGCGGCAAGACCCAGAUAGAUGGACUAUAAGAAACUUUCAGAGGGCCUCUCCAUAAAAAUUUUCUCGUACCUUCAUGAUCCAGUGGGAUGGAAAGUGGUGAAAAGUGCAAAACAAAUUUCAGUGUCAUCAAGACCUUCAACAGAUUUCCCAGGAACUCUAUAUCGUGCUGAAGCGCUAGUGGAAGUACCGGCUCCUAAACUCUUUCCCUUCAUUUUCCGGGCUGAGUACCGCAACAAGUGGGACAGAGCAGUACAGUCGUACAAACUUGUAGAUACAAUUGACCAGGACACUUUCGUUUACCAAAGUAUUACACACAGUUACGGCUUGGGGCUGGUUACGCCAAGGGACUUUGUCUACUUGCUGCAUGUUAAGACAUAUGAUGGAGAUUUAUUGACAACAAAUUCUGUAAGUGUGGACCACCCAGCCUUUCCUCCAACUCCAAAGUAUGUGCGUGGAACAAACUACCCUUCUGGCUAUGCGUGCUGUCCCAUACCAGGCAACCCAGAGCACUCCAAGUUUGUGGCGAUUGUCCAGGUGGACUUAGGAGGGAAGUUAAUGCCUUCUGUCAUAGAUUCGGUUAUGCCAAUGAGCAUCAUGAACAUGAUCAUGGAUUUCAAAGCUGGAAUUAAGUCACUGAAGGGAAACACCUUAUAAAAGUCUACCAGAGAGUGGAAAGGAAGGUUCUUUGCAGUGCACAACUGUCACUGAAGUUUGGUUUAAUGUAAAGGCUCAGAGAGAGCGUGCUCAGUGGGGGUCAGUGUGGACCAUUUAGAAGCUGCCAUGUUGGGUCAGGCAAAGAUCAAUCUCAUUCAGAGUUGGGUCUCCGGACGUGGGCAGACACAAAGAAGCUCGCAGGUAGUAUGUGAUGGAAACAACCAUCCUCUGCAUUAAGAACUGGGAAGAAAACAUAUAGCUACCUUUAAUCACCUUGAGUGAAUCUUCAUGUUAUGGCAAGGGUGAGGAGCGUGAGGUCUUCCAAAUGUUGGUCUUCCAAAUGAGAGCCAGUAUGGUGUAGUGGUUAAGAGCGGUAGACUCCU